AUGGCCAUGUCCAUGCAAAUUAUCAUUUCUGUACUCCUAUUAGUUAUAGGUAUAGCAAUUCUGAUCAUGAUUCAUGUUUGUGUUGUUGGGAGGGCUUUCAGGGGGGACUACAUCAGGGAUCGAAUUUCUAUUCCGAGUCGAAUCAGUCGAAUCCCGGGCUUGUCAUCCGAUGACAUAAAAAAGCUGAUGUGUUUCGAUUACAAGGUGGAGGCGAAAGGGAAUAGUUCUGUAGAAUGUGUCGUGUGUUUGGAGAAUUUUAAGGGAGGUGAAAAGUGCAGGAUGCUGCCUAUUUGCAAUCAUACUUUUCAUGUUCAAUGCAUAGAUUCAUGGCUUUUGAAAACUGCUGCUUGUCCAAUCUGUAGAGCAAGAGCUAAUGCACCACAAAUUGGCGAAGAAACUAGUCCGUCAAGUGAAAUCGGAGUUGAAUUGAUAUAG